UCAUCCAUGAUCCCGAUCAUCAACUGUUUGUAAUAUUGAGAUACCAAUACAUACUCGCCAAUGGAUAGGUUACCUAAAUGUGGAGCAAAUUACGUUCCUCUGAGCCCUCUGACUUUCCUGAAGAGAGCUGCCGCUGUUUAUUCCCAUCGUACCUCCAUUGUGUACGAGGGGAGCCGCUUCACCUGGUGCCAGACAUAUGAGCGCUGCUGCCGCCUUGCUUCUUCUCUCCGUUCCUUCAACAUCCUCAAAAACGAUGUUGUGUCUGUACUGGCUCCUAAUAUCCCAGCAAUGUAUGAGAUGCAUUUUGCUGUGCCAAUGGCUGGGGCUGUGCUCAAUACCAUCAACACGAGGCUUGAUGCUAACAACAUAGCUGCCAUCCUCCGGCACUCCAAAGCUAAGUUGUUCUUUGUGGAUUGCCACUUCGUGGCUCUGGCCCAUGAGGCUGUGAGCUUACUUGUAAAAGGAGCGGAGUCUCCUAUUGGCAAUGGUUCCUGUAGUAUGCCAUUGUUCAUCAUCAUAGACGACGCGAACUCAGCAACUGGGGUUCGAUUAGGAGAGCUGGAGUAUGAGGAGUUGAUCCAGAGGGGCAAUGUAGAGUAUGUGGGAGAAAUGCUUCAGGACGAGUGGGAUCCUAUUGCUCUGAAUUACACAUCCGGGACAACUUCAGAGCCCAAGGGGGUUGUAUAUAGCCACCGAGGUGCCUACUUAAGCACACUCAGCUUACUUCUUGGAUGGGAGAUGGGAAAUGGGCCUGUGUAUCUCUGGACACUUCCAAUGUUCCAUUGUAACGGUUGGACAUUCACCUGGGGCAUCGCAGCGCGAGGUGGCACCAACAUCUGUCUUCGCAACCCAACAGCCUCCAAUGUGUAUCACAACAUUAAGGCACAUGAUGUCACUCACAUGUGUUGUGCACCAGUUGUACUCAACAUCCUCCUUGAAGGCAAACCCCGCGAAGAGUUCCACUUAACAUCCCCGGUCCAUGUACUCAUUGGUGGGGCUCCCCCACCGGCACCACUCCUGGGGAAGAUAGAAAGCCUCGGGUUUCAAGUCUCACAUGCGUACGGGCUCACUGAAGCGACUGGGCCGGCAUUGGUGUGUGAAUGGCAAGCCCAGUGGGACCAGUUGCCCCAGGAAGAACGAGCAAAGCUCAAAGCCCGCCAGGGAAUCGGCACAUUAACCCUUGCUGAUGUGGAUGUGAAGGAUCCACAGACCCUGCUGAGUGUGCCAUGUGAUGGUAAAACAAAGGGAGAGAUAGCUCUCAGAGGCAGCAGUCUCAUGAAAGGUUACUUCAGAGAUGAAGAGGCAACCUCGAAAGCCUUUAGGAAUGACUGUUUCCUCACAGGAGAUGUCGCAGUGGUGCAUCCUGAUGGCUACUUGGAGAUCAAGGACCGACUGAAGGACAUAAUAAUAUCGGGUGGUGAGAAUAUUAGCAGCGUCGAACUGGAGAAUGUUCUCUACAGGCAUCCCAGAGUUCUCGAGGCAGCAGUGGUGGCCAUGUCCCACCCUCGGUGGGGAGAGAGUCCUUGCGCAUUCAUAACAACUAGACCAAACUCAACCGGAAGAACUGAUGAUGUAAAUGAAGGGGACAUUAUGGCGUAUUGCAGGAGAAACCUACCUCAUUUCAUGGUCCCCAAGUGGGUUGAAUUCUUGCCCGAGCUUCCGAAGACUUCCACAGGAAAAAUUAAGAAGUUUCAACUGAGGGCCUUAGCAAAGAAUUUCAAAGUAGGUGAAAACAUUUCAGAGAAGAAGACUGACCAAGUCCCAGCAGAAGUAAUGCAGUACAGAAGUCAGUCACGUGAGCAGGUUCUGGCCUCAUCUCGCCUAUGAAGCCCAGUCAUCGAGACAAAAAUCUAGUGAAGUCACCAUAAAAGCCUGCGAGUGGGUGCUAAUUACAGAUGACUGAUCAAAUAAGUUAAGAUUCAUCAAGUUUCUUAAAUAUUUAUAUAUAUAGACGUAUAGAUGUAAUAUGCAGCAUCUAUAAAUUAGUCAAUAUGAAAUGUUGAAAAGUCUCCAAGGGGAAGAGUGAGAGUUGUAGCUUAAGCUUAGACAAAAUCAAUGUUUCCAUUACGAUGGCUUCUUACAUCGCAUAAUCAUGGAAAAUCAGGUGUCUUGUAUGAGUACAAUAAUCUUGCUUAUCUAGUCUUAACAGUCACACAGAUUCAUAGUGCAGGACUCUGUCCAAUCAAAUUGAACUCUUUCAUAUGUACUGUUUCUGGAUACAUGUCAUUUCAUCAGUUUGAACAAG